AGACUAUAAUGAGAUUGAAAUUAUUCAAGAAAGAAAAACAGAGAGAGAUGGGUUCAGUUUCAAAGGCUAAUGCCAUGAUGCCUAUCAUAAGCAAGAUGUACUGUUCUUCUUCUCAGACAAUACUAGUGGUGAGGAGAAGGCCUCAUGUUGUGAAUGGAGGAGGUUUUGUGGUGACAGACUGUUCCCAAAAAGUGGUUUUUAAAGUUGAUGGAUGUGGAGCCCUUGGUGCAACAGGGGAAUUGGUUCUACGUGACUCCAGGGGAGAUGCUCUGCUUCUCAUUCGCCGAAAGGGAGGGAUGAUUGAGGCUCUGAGUACGCAUAGAAAAUGGAAAGGCUAUGCUCAUGACUAUGAAGGAUCACAAAAACUGGUGUUCUGCUUAAGAGAACCCAAUUCAUGCUUUGUGAGGAGCGAUGCAAUAAGAGUCGCCAUUAAAACACAGGGAGAAUUCGAGAUUAAAGGCAGCUUUCCUGAUAAAGAUUGUACCAUUGUUGACUGCAGCAGAGGCAACAUUAUUGCACAGGUGAUUCAAAUUGGAGUGAAGAAGGAGAUGGAGAAGUACUUGACGACAAACAAGGAUUUCUAUUACGUGGUGGUGUAUCCAGGAAUUGAUCAGGCUUUUGUUUUUGGAGUCAUUGCCAUUCUUGACUACAUGUAUGGUGAAUCAACCAGGUGUUGAUGACGAAUAGUGCUUUCAAUUUUUUAUUAUUUUUUUUUUGAAAAGAAAUUGUGUGAUUAGAUAAUAUUAUUAUUACCUUCAAUUGGCACGUGAUUGUUAUCGAUUUGUUUGUAAAUAGCAUAAACAGUUAUUUAUGACA